GAAAAUGGCACAGAUGAGGGGCGGUCCAAGAGAGGACCUCUGGGAGGAAUUCAGAUGGAUUCUAUCUCAUAGGUCAGCAGACUGCAGCCCGAAGGCCAAACCCACUGCUGCCUGAUCUUACUCAGCCUGACAGUAAGAUGGUUUGUACAUCUUUAAACGGUAGGACAAAUCAAAAAAGAAUGAUACUCUUGACAUGUGGAAAUAACACAAAAUUCCAUUUUUAGUGUCCAUAAAUAAAGUGCCAAUUAGAACUAAGGUCACUCAUUCGUCUGUGGCUGCUUUGGGGCUGUGCCGCCAGAGCUGAGUCCUUGAGCCCUGGUGUGGCCGAGGAUGGUGCAGAAUUAACUUUACCGAGACAGGCCUGGCCUCUGUCCUCAGCUCCUCAAAUGUUAGAUCUGCUUUGCCGACCACCCACUGUGUCUGCUCCCAUGCUUGCUCUAGCACCACGGUGCACGUGAACUGGUAUGAAACAAUUUUAUGGUGAAAAAGGGCCAUGGGGCCAUCCAGUCCAGUUUUCGUAUGGCCUGGGACCUAAAGACCCUCCUGUGUUCUGCGGUGAGUGGGGUAGAUGGCCCGGCAUCAGCAAAUGCACGGCUCUGCCGGCAGUUCUCAAAGUGAGGGACUGCACCUGCCCCCGGGACUUGUGAAAAAUGCACAUGCUCAGCCCACCCCGCCCUGGGGACGCUGGGCCUGGGUCUGGUGCUACCAAGCUGAGCACUCAGUGCAGGAGAGUAUAUGCGGUCCAGUUCUCUGCCCACCCCCUCGCCUGGGUCCCCCACACCUGUACUCCCUGCGUGCUGAGAGCCUGGUGUCUACCCACCACGCUGUCCUUUUCCCGGCCCCUCCAUCCAGGUCUGUUGUGUGGGCUAAAGAAGCCAGAGUGGCCCUUGUGAAUAAGGAGGCGAUCACGUCAUCCUCCUGCUCAGAACCUCCAGGGGCUUUGCUUGCUCAAGAAAAGCUGAAGCCCUUCCCUCCUUCCUCCCACCGCCCCCACGCUGCCCUGCCUACUGACCCCACCUUCUCCCUGCUGACCCUUGACCCCUCCACAUCACCAGCUUGGGCCUUUUGCUCCUCUCACCAGGCUGCUGCAGUCUGCAGGCUCAGUGCUCCGGGUCUCUGCUCACAGGUCACCUCAGGGACUCAACCUUCCCUGACCACCCACCGUUCUCCGGACCCCUGGCCCUGCUGGUGCUCCCAUCCUUGUGCAUUGUCCUCCCCUCACACAGGUGGACCCGCUGACUGGCUCCAAACCAACACGGCACACAGAAGCAGUGACAAGUCAGUCUCAAGAGCAGGUUGGGACUGUGGCUUCUACCUGGGUGAUCUCUGGUUCUCGGAUCAGCCGCCCUGUUGUAAGAACUCCCAGCAGCCAAGACUCAGAGGCUGCCCGCCAGCAGCCACACGCAGAGCUUGGAAACUGAUUGCCUCAGCCUCCCAGCCCUCCAAGCCCUUCAGAGGAGACCACAGCCCAGAAGACCCUAGCUGAGCCGGGUUCUUGACGGAGCUUGUUGCCAUAUGCCCAGUGUUGGGAUAAUUUGUUACAAGAUAGAAAACAACAGUCCUCCUUGAGUUCUCUGUGCUGCCAGGCUACACACAACCCAACCCCACUGGGUCACCCCCCUCUGUCUGUGCCCUCCUGCCACUCUGGGCCCUCCUGGAGUAAAGGCAGAGGGAGCUGGGAACCUCGUGGCCUUGUAAGCAGCCAGGUGCCAUCUGGUGGUCCCUCGUACAUCUUCAGCCUGGCUCCCCAGAGGGCACCCUGUUGCCAGAUCUGCGCUGAGGAGCUGUGAGCAGAGACCCCGCUCACCCGGCCUGGCCCUCUGUGCUAUCACCCGACUCACC